GCGAAGGAGGAGGGGCGAGGUGACGCAGGCGUAAUAAUAGAGAAGGUGCCAGAAAGAUCCUAAACAAGUGGCUGCGGCCGUCGCCUGGGAGUCGUGGGACGCCGGAAUUCGGCCCUGGUUCUGAGCUUGUUCUGCCCCGCUCCCCCGGGUAUGGCGCUGACCGGGUCGACCCCGGCCCCGAGCUGGGAGGAGGAUGAGUGUCUGGACUACUAUGGGAUGCUAUCGCUUCACCGUAUGUUCGAGGUGGUGGGCGGGCAGCUGACCGAGUGCGAGCUGGAGCUGCUAGCCUUCCUGCUGGACGAGGUCCCGGGUGCCCCCGGCGGCCUGGCCCGCGCCCGCAGUGGCCUGGAGCUGCUGCUGGAGCUGGAGCGCCGCGGGCAGUGCGACGAGAGCAACCUGAGGCUGCUGGGGCAACUCCUGCGCCUACUGUCCCGCCACGACUUGCUGCCGCACCUGGCGCGCAAGCGGCGUCGGCCAGUGUCUCCAGAGCGGUAUAGCUAUGGUUUGUCCAACUCUUCAAGGAGGAUGGAGGGCAGCUGCCGUCGCCGUCGCCAGUCAAGCAGUUCUUCAAAUGCUGAGCAGGGUCAGUGGGAGACAGGUUCUCCCCCAACUAAGCGGCAGCAGCGGAGUCGGGGCCGUCCCAGUGGUGGUGCCAGACGGCGGCGGAGGGCGGGUACCACCACCCCCCAGCAGCAGCAGGAGCCAGCCCGGCCCACCUCAGAGGGCAAAGUGACCUGUGACAUCCGGCUCAGGGUGCGAGCAGAGUACUGUGAGCACGGGCCAGCCUUGGAGCAGGGCGUGGCCUCGCGGCGGCCCCAGGCGCUGGCUCGGCAGUUGGACGUGUUUGGGCAGGCCACCGCGGUGCUGCGCUCCCGGGACCUGGGCUCCGUGGUGUGCGACAUCAAGUUCUCCGAGCUCUCCUACCUGGACGCCUUCUGGGGCGACUACCUGAGCGGUGCCCUGCUGCAGGCCCUGCGGGGCGUGUUCCUGACUGAGGCGCUACGCGAGGCGGUGGGCCGGGAGGCCGUCCGCCUGCUGGUCAGCGUGGACGAGGCCGACUACGAAGCUGGCCGGCGCCGCCUGCUGCUGAUGGAGGAGGAGGGGGGACAGCGCUCGCCCGAGGCCUCCUGAUCCUGAAUGCGGCAGGACUGACCCCACCUCCUCGCCUCUGGGCCACCUUCUCCCUGGGAGGAUGUCGACCAUCUCUGCCCCUAGAGGACUGUCACUCCAGCAGCGCCGUGGACUCUGACAGACACCAGGCCCCUCGCUAGACCCUCCCACAGGAUGUGGGCUCUGAGGCCUAAACCACUUCCAGCUGAGUUUCCUUCCUGGUCUCCCCCCACCCCCUACCCCACCCUUAGGUGUGUUCCUUCAGCUUCAGCAGGCCAGGGGCUCAGGCAUGCAGAUCUGAAAGGAAGGGAGGCAUAGCCCCUCUCACCAAAGGCCCCUUGCACAUUGUCUCCCACCCCUGGGCUGUGUGUGUGCACUCACAUUACCCUCUCUGAAACCACCCCUGGGCGCCUGCCCUGGCCUGCUCCACUUACUUCUUUGGCCUUCAGGCUUCUCUCUCAGGAUCUCUGAUUAUAGCGUCCCUCAGCCCUGAGCUUCAGCCACACCAGUGGGCACUGGAGCUGGGGUGCACCAGGGGCCUGCUCACCUUGCCCACACAUCUCUACAGCCAGCUGGGGCUCCACCCACGAACCUGGCCUCCACUCUCUCCUGCUCCUUGAAGCUGGACACAGACUUGCACACAGAUCUGUGCCCAGGGUGUCACGUGUGUGUUGCAGCCACAUCAGACCAAAUGUGUUGUUUCCUAGGAGGCCAGGCCAAGGAUCCAGCUUCCUUCUCAGCAAAGGGGGAGGCAAAGGCUUGGGGCUAUUGGCCAAGGCCUUGUACCAAUGGCACCAAUAAAACUGCCCUGGAUGGGGCACAAG